UUCUCGGGUUGAUACUGAGCUUUGUCUUUGGAAUUCUUCAGCAAUUACAGCUUCGUCAUCUUUGUCAAGUCAUAUAAUUAAAGGUGAGGAUGUAGUGAGUGGUGAUGAGAAGAGGGUAUUAGGUACGGAGAUGUUCUUGAGUGUUGGGUCUUCCUCUGGUUAUAAAGUGAAAAUAGAUUCAAUUCUUCUUUGUGAUGUUACAGGAGUUGUAGGUGAAAGUUGA